CCGGCGUGGGUGAUCCUGAGGCUCGGCGCGCUUCGGGGCAGAAGCCCGGAGACGCCGUCGUCGACUUCGCUGCCGCUGGCGCUUCUGCUGUUGCCCUCGGCCCCCUCAGCUCUCUCCCGGUUCGUGGCCCUAAGCCGGCUCUCCCGCCGAACCUUGUGGGGUGCCGCGAGCCCCCCCUCCCCUCCCUGGUAUUGGCAAGUCUGGGCCCCGGCCCCGACGCCGUGCGCCUCCCGCCUAGCCCAACUGUCUGGACUCGCUACUCAAGCGCUGUCUUCUUUCCCAGGACUGGUUCUGAGGGGGCUUCAGGCUCGCACGGUCGACCCGUGCUGGAGUGCUCCGGCCCGGCCAGGGAGCGGCCCCUUGUAGAGGUCCAAGGAGCCUAAGGAGGUCCGUCCCGGCGCCCGACCCUCCCACCGUUCGGCCCACUGGCCCGCUUCUUCCUGAUGCAGACUGCCGUCCACUAGAGGCUGGACAGGACCCCCGAGGUGAUUCAUGGCAGGGGACGUGGAAGGUUUCUGUUCUUCCAUCCAUGACACCAGUGUCUCUGCUGGGUUCAGAGCACUGUAUGAGGAGGGAUUGCUUCUCGAUGUCACUCUGGUUAUUGAAGACCAUCAGUUCCAGGCCCAUAAAGCGCUCUUGGCCACCCAGAGUGAUUACUUCAGAAUUAUGUUCACAGCAGACAUGAGAGAACGCGAUCAGGACAAAAUUCACUUGAAAGGUCUAACAGCUACUGGUUUCAGCCACGUUCUUCAGUUUAUGUAUUAUGGAACUAUAGAACUGAGUAUGAAUACUGUUCAUGAAAUCCUUCAGGCUGCAAUGUAUGUUCAGCUUAUAGAAGUGGUGAAGUUCUGCUGUUCUUUUCUGUUAGCCAAAAUCUGCUUAGAAAAUUGUGCAGAAAUUAUGAGACUCUUAGAUGAUUUCGGUGUUAACAUCGAGGGAGUCAGGGAGAAGCUGGACGCCUUUCUGCUAGACAACUUUGUGCCACUCAUGUCCAGGCCUGACUUCCUAUCCUAUCUGAGCUUUGAGAAGCUCAUGUCUUAUCUGGAUAAUGAUCAUCUGAGCAGGUUUCCCGAAAUAGAGCUGUACGAAGCUGUGCAGUCUUGGCUGCGACAUGAUAGACGACGAUGGAGACAUACAGAUACCAUCAUUCAGAACAUCAGGUUUUGUUUGAUGACUCCAUCCAGCGUUUUUGAGAAGGUUAAAACAUCAGAAUUUUAUAGAUACUCUCGACAGCUACGCUAUGAAGUUGACCAAGCACUGAAUUACUUCCAGAAUGUUCACCAACAGCCCUUGUUAGACAUGAAAUCAAGCCGUAUUCGUUCUGCCAAACCCCAAACUACAGUAUUUCGAGGAAUGAUUGGACAUAGCAUGGUUAAUAGUAAAAUACUUCUUCUAAAGAAACCAAGAGUCUGGUGGGAACUGGAGGGCCCCCAAGUACCUCUAAGGCCAGACUGCCUUGCUAUUGUCAAUAAUUUUGUAUUCCUGUUAGGUGGAGAAGAACUAGGCCCAGAUGGCGAAUUCCAUGCCUCUUCGAAAGUAUUCAGGUAUGAUCCAAGACAAAAUUCUUGGCUGCGCAUGGCAGACAUGUCUGUACCCCGUUCGGAAUUUGCUGUUGGUGUUAUUGGGAAGUUUAUUUAUGCUGUGGCAGGCAGAACAAGAGAUGAAACUUUCUACUCAACAGAGAGAUAUGAUAUUAUUAAUGAUAAAUGGGAAUUUGUAGAUCCUUAUCCAGUCAACAAAUAUGGACAUGAGGGGACAGUGCUCAAUAAUAAGUUGUUUAUCACUGGAGGAAUCACUUCAUCUUCCACAUCUAAACAAGUAUGUGUGUUUGACCCCAGUAAAGAAGGGACCAUAGAACAGCGGACCAGAAGAACUCAAGUAGUCACCAACUGCUGGGAGAAUAAGAGCAAGAUGAAUUAUGCCAGAUGCUUUCACAAGAUGAUAUCUUACAAUGGCAAGCUUUAUGUCUUCGGUGGUGUCUGUGUGAUCUUGAGGGCCUCUUUUGAAUCUCAGGGCUGCCCUUCCACAGAGGUGUACAACCCAGAUACUGAUCAGUGGACCAUCUUGGCAUCCAUGCCAAUUGGUAGAAGUGGCCAUGGUGUGACUGUACUGGACAAACAGAUAAUGGUCCUUGGAGGCCUUUGUUAUAAUGGUCAUUACAGUGAUUCUAUUCUCACCUUUGACCCAGAUGAAAAUAAGUGGAAGGAAGAUGAGUACCCUCGGAUGCCCUGCAAGCUGGAUGGUUUACAAGUAUGCAACCUACAUUUUCCAGACUAUGUACUGGAUGAGGUUCGACGUUGCAACUGAUGAAAUCUUUCUCCCUGGAAAAAAUAAAACAAAACAAACAAACAAACAACAACAACAAAAAAAGGCAAAUCAAGCAUUUGUGAUAAAGUAGUUUAAAAUCAUAAAGAAAAACCUCACCAGUUUUAUUAUCAAAGCCAUUGGUCUAAUAUUGUAAGUUUUCAUUCUGUGCUAGCAUCUUUCUUUUCCUUUCAGUGGCCUCAAACUCAUGCAAUAAGUUCAUUUAAAGCGCUAGCUCUUGAAACUACUUCCAAAAGCAGUUUAUGCACUGCUCUACUUACCUGGGAAGUUGAUUUUCUGCUUUAAAAAUUUCUUUUAGAUGUUAGUGUAGGAUUUGUGCAUCUUUUAAAGAAGACCCAGUAAGUGUCACUGGAUGUGAUUUCAGUCCCUCUGUCUGAACUGUUUUUGGAUAUUAUUUUAGUUCAGUAUAUGUUUUGGUUUAUUAUUUAAAAGUAUAAAACUCUUGACCUUUUUGCAUGGCUUUUUGCUGAAAAUGCAAAAUUUAAAUUUUCUACAAAUGUUUUUUAUAUCAGAACACUAUUUCUAAGCUGCCUUCUCUUAUCUGCAUUGUGUUAGUGAAAGCAUAUCCAUACUCACAUACAUCCUAUAAAUAUAUAAGGCACAUCCCUUUUAUGCGUGGUUAGGAUUCUAUAUUUUUAAGCUAGUGCACUUGCACAUACAGUUCGCCAUACUUGUUGAAAUUUAGAUGUAACGUCUUUAAUGUAUUAAUGUUUUUAGAAAGUUAAAGUAACUGGAGUCCUCAUUCGGUAUCAAAGUAGUCUUUCUUCAGUCCAUACUGGUUCAGUAAAAUUUGCACUCAUAUUUCUGAAACAUGUAUGGAUUAAAAAAAACUAAUGUCUUACAUUUUGUUUUCAGAGGUAAACAUUAAUAUUUCAUAUCAAUGUAUGUUUUUUUCUUGUUUGAAAAUAUUUUUCUUUGCAGUCUGUUUAAUGUUGGUUACUCUGUUUUAGUGAUAAUCAGAGUGGCCUGUGUCAAGCUCUGAUCCUGCAGUGUGCAAGCACUUUUAAAGAAGAGUUAGGUAAUACUAUACUAAGUAAAAUCCCCUUAAAAGUAAGUGCAAGUCCCAUUGUUUCUAUUCAGUAAGGCUGCUGCAGGCGAUGAAUAUGGGGCAGCAACUCUUACACAGUUUGAGCUCAGUUUUGACUCAGAGGUGAGAAAUGAGCUAAAUAAUGUUACUGGUUAUAUCUGCCUGAUCAGUUUGUACAAAAUAUUCAGUGAUACUAGAGAGAGAUGUCAACCCUCAAUGUCUUUUUAGUUUCUGGAAGCUACUAGCAUGAAGAAUAGUAACCAGAAAGUUUGGAAUGACUCUUGAAUAGCUGUUUUAAAGGCAUUUAUCAUAAAUAGUUUAGGCUUAACUGCACAUUUCAACUCUUCAAAUGAGAAGGAAGAAAAUAUAACUGACAAAAUUAAGAGUGAUCUGGUAGUGGGUCAUUCAAAUUGAUGCCAUUUUCUCAUGAGCAGUCUGUAUCUGAUUAAAUCUUGCACUGGCAUAGUUUGCCAGAUCUGUGGAUUUUGGUGCAAUAUUGCAAUGCCUUCUAUAUGGCUGCUGUUAUAUAAAUUUUCUAGUUACUUUGCUUUGUUUUAUUUUGCUGCUGGCAACAUUGAACAUAAAAUGGAAGUGUGAAGUAA